AGACCAAAACACAGGAAACUCCCCGCAGCUUAAAUUCUGUAUUUUCUGUUAAUCUGAUAUAAUCGUUAAACUGUCGCUGAGAAAAUUAUUGAAUGUUCCAUUACUGAUGCACAUAAUGUCUUAAAAUCCAAUAUGAGAAUCACCAAGGAGACAAAGAAGAAACAAUGAUGCCAUGGAUCAUGGUGAAGUCAUUAUUCCUAGUUUUAUCAGUGACAGCUCUCAUGAGCUAUGCUGUGUAUAAAGGGUACUUUAACGGGGCCCAUGUUGAACUUGGAAAUCAACACUAUGCCGAGCGUGUACAUGUCUCAAUGAAAGGAUUUUUACCCAGAUGGAUAAAGAUGCCAUUCAAUUCUGUUGUUAACAUUGGCUACGUGAUCAUUGGGGCAGCUUGGUGUGCUGCUACUACUAUAGCUCUGUCAGAAGACAAGAUCAGAAAAAAUGAUGCUCAAAUGUUUUAUAUUUUCAACUUGGCAAGUUGUUGUUAUGGUCCAAUACAAACAUUGAGAAUUGUGACUCAGUUGAAGGGGUUUGCCAUUCUUGACCAAUGGUAUACUUUGCCUUUCUUCAUGUUGGUAUUCCUCUGGGGAAUGAAUACCGUCAACAGAUGGAGUUCAGCUUGGAACAUGAUCUUUAUGGCAGCUUCAAUAGGAAGUUAUUUUCUAACAUUGUGUCAUAUACUAGGCUUUGAAAUUUGUCUCGGUGUACACAUUUGUUUUGCUGUCGGUGGAGCAGUGUUUGCAUGGAUGAAAGCUCCGCAAGCAAAAUGUAGGAACUCUUUUAUUUGUGCACUGAUAAGCUGUGCCGGAUUUGUAGUUUUAAAGUUAUUAGACCUCGAGCUAAUAAAAUAUGCUGAAUUUUUUAAAUACAUUUCAGGACAUUUUAUAUCUAAAGUUUUUGAUAUAGGUCAGGUUCACUUUGUGAACAUGUUCUGUUUUGCUGUAAGUACUGCUUUAUAUGCAGACAGCAAGAAAAAGGAAAAAUAAAUGGCAUCUUUCACCUACCUUACAUGAAAAAAAAAUGGAUAAACCAAUAAAGCCAUUAUAAAUUAUCUGCUUGAUAAUCACCCUUGCUUUCUCCCUGUGUUUCAUACUGCUCUGACCCUUUCUAUAUAAAAAGUAGUUUUUUUGAAAUUGUUAAAGAUAAUGUUUAUAUUUUAGUAAGCGUUCCUGUUGUUUUAUUACCCAUUUAUCUAACUGACAGACUCUGCUGUUUAUUUUAUAUUUUUAGACAUGUAAAAUGUUAAAUGUAUCAUAUAUUCUAUUGUUUCCUUUUGUUAUGCCCCGCUCCAGAGAACUUGACCCAAAACCUUCAAACUUGAUAGUGUGAUUGGGCGUAUGAAGCAGAUGACCCAUACUGGGUUUGGGUCAUUGGCCGAAGAUCAAGGUCACAGGGACCUGAACAUUGAAAUUAUUUCUGCAUGAUAAUUUGAGAACCACUUGACCCUAACCUCUAAACUGGAUAGCAUGAUCGGGCGUAUGAAGUAGAUGACCCCUGUUGUUUUUAUGGUCAGUUUAAUAGUCAAAGGUCAAGGUCACGUGGGCCUGAAAAACCAUUUCCGCUCAAUCACUUGACAGCCAGUUGACCCAGUAUCUUCAAACUUGAUAGCAUGAUUGGGCAUAUUAAGUACAUGACAUGUAAUGUUUUGGGGGUUAGCAGGUCAAGGUCAUUAUGAUCAGGGGACUAAAAUUGGGACAACUUAUUAUGGGGGACAUGUGUGUUUUACAAACAGCUUUUGUUUUUGUAUUGUAUUGUAUUGUAUUGUACUGGUAAUCUUGCAAUGAAUUUAUGACAGCCUCAGCCCUGAAGUUGUAUUAUGCAUUCGUGUGAGUAUAAUGAACAGACACAACUACCAAUGAAGAUGUGGAACUGAUUCAGUGAUAUAAAUCAUAUAAUGAAACAUUACAGUUGAGCAGAUAACUAAUUAGCAUAUGAUGCAUAUUAUGCAAAAAGCUUUGAAUUCUGCUUGCUGUAGUUAUUAUGUAAUAGGGGACCUAGAAAUAAGACUUCAAAUGCUAGAUAUUGCAUUAUACAUAAUGCACGUCCACUUGAAAGAUUGUAAAACACACAAACUUGAUUUUAAUUAUCUUGGAAAAUGUAGUUUCAUUCUGGCAAAUGUGAUAUUCAAACUGUGUCUCAUGCUAAGAACUCUUUAACACCAUUGUUUUGCAUUAAAUGCCAAUACAAUGUAGGUAAAUAAAUAUCAAUGUUUAUAUGCGAUCGUACAAUUUUGCACUUGUGCUGUAUUCUGUUUUCACUCAUUUCUCUCAUUUUAGUAAUUUUACCCUAUGUCAGGAUUUGGUAGUGUAAACUCUUGUUAUUUCUCUGUUUAUACACAUUAAUUUGAUUAAAUGAUGCAAAUACACAUGAAACUAUAGAUGGAA